AAAAAUUCAGUGAAAAAAACGACGGUUUGACGUGCGCUUCGUGUUUUUUGUCAAAAAAAUAAUUGAAUAUUGCAAAAAAUAAAUGAUGUUUUCGGAUGAAGAAAUAAAAGAAAUACCAGAGAGCACUUUCAUGAGAUCUGACGACGAAAUCAUAAGCAUCCGUGAAGUCUGUUUGAAUGACAAGUUUGACAAAAAGGAUUUAGGAUUUAGUAGCGAAUCCCUCCUAUCCAAUUCUGGCAGAAAUUAUCUGGAAGUGACCCGCUCUCUGUUCCGGGACGGCUUCUUCCCCGAGGGUCUAGACCCGCAGCAGGCCAGGUUCGCAUGGACAGAAGAGGACGGCAAUAUAGCGGCGCUCGUCUCCGAGCCAGGGUUCGGCACCACCGGUCAGACAACCUUCGGGAAGGACCUGGACGCAGCCCUUAAAAGUGAACUCAAGGAGGCCGACACCUCCAGUUCAGUGACCCAGUCGACCAGCCGCAGCGGGCUGACCUUCAUCAGGAAGCCUUACUCAGAAUCCCAGCUGGUCACUUCCACCUCGACCAGUAAUGAACGCAAAAAUGGCCAAGGGGCUCGGAAGGUGGACAAGACAGAUCCCAGGUCCAGGUUCCACUUCGUCAAAUACGUGAAGAGACACGGCCGGACGGUGAAACUGUGGGAAUGCGGAAUUUGCAGCCGCGAGUUCCAGCACCAGUACACGCUGAUGCGGCACCUCCCCACGCACACGGACGAGCGCAACUUCCACUGCGACGCGUGCGGCAAGAGCUUCCGCCAGCUCUCCACGCUCAGCCAGCACCGCGCCAUACACUCCGCCGAAAGGCCAUACACUUGUGAGGUGUGCAAUAAGACGUUCAACCGCGUGUCCACAUUGAUCUCCCACCGCAAGACCCACUCAGACGAGAAGCCCUACAAAUGUCACAUCUGUCCCAAAGGGUUCCACCAGAAAGGCAACCUCCGCAACCACCUGUUCACGCACACCAACGAGCGGCCCUACCGCUGCAACAUCUGCCUCAAGGGCUUCAACCAGCAGUCCAACCUCGUCUGCCACAAGAACAAGGCACAUUCAGAUGAUGGUUGUAGCGCCGUGUCGUCGCGCAGAAAUUCUUUACGUCUGCCGCAGCCAACGACUGCGCCGGCCACUCAAUCAGAUUCCUCCAGAUCAUCAGCCGAUCACUGUGAGGUAUCAUCUACGGUUGGUCCCUACUUGCCCUCAAUCGAAGGCCCGUCCUCAUCUUGGGGGUCCAAAUGGAUCGUCCCCAAGACCGAGCCCGGGGACAUGUGGAGUCAAGAUGGCAGCUGGGGGGUCGGGUCUGGGGUCAUCGUGGACCCCAUCAAGACAUACCAUAUGGGAGUGGCAUUAGCUACGAAGCAAACACCAUUUGCUUUAUUGAAGCCAGACAAUGGAACCCCCGUGUUGGUGAAAGUCAUUGAUACCAAGCUACCUGGUGGGAAACAGAUGUUGGUACCAGCAACUGCCGAAGAUCUGAAAGUCGGCGGUAAAAUUGUUCUAAAAAGUGAUGACCAUAUUGCACCCGACGUGAACCCCGAGCCGUCGGGGUCGGCAGUCCAGAUCCGCGUGCCGGUGGUCGCGACCGUGAUCCCGAAGCUGCAGCGCGGCGGCCGCCUGCACCUCGCCGUCGAGGAGCCGCACCACGCCUACCACACCGCGCUCUCCGCCGACAUAGGCGAAGUGAAAGUGGAGCCAUGUUCGAGCAAGUUGGAGCAGCUGUCAGCGGCGGGCUGCCAGGAGCCGAUGCCGCGACUGACGCCGCUGCGGCCGCACGACAACGUCAAUGUCUUCGACGACUCUGCCCUCAGACCUACCGGCAGUCGCUUAUCGUCGUCGUGUUCGCUGCCGCCGCCCGCACCGUCGCCGCCGCUCGACUUCAUCCCGAUGGAUCUCUUUGAGCCUAUGGAGUGUAUACCUUUGGGACCUCAAAUAACAGCAGUGGGCCACAUCGACCAGCCGCCGCCAUCUGAUGAUUCUGAUAUUUUCAUCGGGAAAUUUGAAGAGAGUAUCCCGCUCUCUGACACGGAAUAAACUGGAUGUUUUUACAACUUUUUGAAAUAAUGUUAUUUAUUUUUUGUUGGAUGCCCAGAAGAAUAAAGUCGUCGAUUUGUUUUAGUUUUAAGUGAAAAUGCCUUUUGUUUGAUAAUGAAAUAAAGCAUGACUUAUACAAACA